UGGUCGCUCCGCUGUGGGAUCGCUGGGGGCGCUAAUGUGUGCAACACCCGGUGUUUGAGUUGCGGGAUGGAGUUUCGCUGACACACACACACACACAUAUACAAAAGCGUUACGGAAUAUUUGUUUUGACCCUGUCUGUCCACUAACAAAGCCAAAUCUACCGGGCGCACCUACCCGAGCAGCAUGGCCGAGAAUAUUAUCAUCAGGGUGCAGUCCCCAGAAGGGAUGAAAAAAAUUCCUUCUACAAAGAGGGAGACAGCUGCUGCUUUUUUAAAGAAGGUGGCCAAAGAAUUUGGGUUCAACUCUAAUGGGUUUUCGGUUUAUCUGAACCGCAACAAAACCGGAGAGCUCGUAUCCCAGAACAAAACCCUCAGCCUUCUUAAGAUCAAGCAUGGGGACAUGUUGUUUUUGUUCCCUUCAGAAUCCUCCACCUCCUCCGGGGAGGUUAUGGACACGGCCACCCCUCACACAUCUUCGUCACUACCAUCCGUCUCGUCCUCUUCUUCGUCCUCCAUGAUCCCCCGGUCCUUUUCAGCGCCCCAGGUCCAGGAAGAUGAGAUCGAUCAGUAUCUGGCCAAGCAAGAUGGCAAGAUCUACAGAAACAGAGAUCCGCAGCUAUGUCGCCAUGGUGCCCUUGGGAAGUGUGUGCACUGUGUACCGCUAGAGCCUUUUGACGAAGACUACCUGAAUCACCUCGACCCACCAGUGAAGCACAUGUCAUUCCACGCAUACCUUCGCAAGCUGACGGGUGGCGCUGAUAAGGGGAAGUUUGCUGCUCUGGAGAACAUCAGCUGUAAGAUAAAGUCAGGCUGCGAGGGUCACCCUCCCUGGCCGGAAGGCAUCUGCACCAAGUGCCAGCCGAGUGCCAUCACAUUGAACAGACAGAAAUACAGACAUGUAGACAACAUCAUGUUUGAGAACCACACCAUUGCUGACCGCUUCUUGGACUUCUGGAGGAAGACGGGCAGUCAGAGGAUGGGCUACUUGUACGGCAGAUACACAGAGCACACAGACAUCCCCCUGGGCAUCAGAGCGGAAGUGGCUGCCAUCUACGAACCCCCACAGAAUGCCACCCAGAACAGCCUGGAACUGUUGGAUGAUCCCAAAGCUGCAGCCGUGGACGAGAUUGCUGCCAAACUGGGCAUGUGCAAGGUGGGGUGGAUCUUCACGGACCUGCUGUCUGAGGAUACGAGGAUAGGCACCGUCCGCUACUCGAGAAACAGCGACUCGUAUUACCUGAGCGCGGAGGAGUGCAUCACAGCAGGAUACUUCCAGAAUGAACAUUCAAAUCCCUGCAGACUUUCUCGAGACGGACACUUUGGAUCCAAAUUUGUGACUGUGGUCGCGACAGGUGGUCCAGAUAACCAGGUGCACUUUGAAGGAUAUCAGGUGUCCAACCAGUGCAUGGCUCUGGUGAGAGACGAGUGCCUACUGCCCUGCAAAGACGCUCCCGAGCUGGGCUACGCUCAAGAGUCGAGCCCUGAGCAGUACGUACCAGACGUCUUCUAUAAGGACAAAGACAAAUUUGGAAAUGAUGUCACGUUUCUAGCUCGACCUCUUCCCGUGGAGUAUCUUAUUAUAGAUAUAACCACAACUUUUCCAAAGGACCCCCAGUAUACCUUUUCUUCUACGCAACGCUUUCCCAUUGAAAACCGGGAUAUUCUUGGAGAGACACAGGAUUUUCACAGUUUAGCCACAUACCUGUCCCAGUGCACCUCCACAUCAUUCCUGAACAUCGUGUCAGACUUUCAUCUUCUCCUCUUCCUCGUCACCAAUGAAGUCAUGCCUCUGAGAGACAGCAUCGGGCUGCUACUUGAAGCAGUGAAGACUUCUAAUGAGGAUCUGGCACAGACCUGGAAGAAGUCUGAGCAGUGGGCCACCAUCGAGCAGCUGUGCAGUACAGUGGGUGGGCAGCCCUCCAGCUCUCUGGAUUACGGGGCCAUGGGCGGCCCCUCGGUUCCUGCCUCCUCCUCCGCCAUGUGGUCCUGCCUCCACUGUACCUUCAUGAACCAGCCCGGCACUGAGCACUGUGAAAUGUGCAGCCUGCCCCGCAGUUAAAACCCUUCGCCCUCGGCCCUGCUUCCACACCCUUCACCGAUCGAGCUCAGUCACUGCACCAGGACCAGCUGCGAGACUCUGACGGCGUCAGCGAUCUUUUCUUUUCUCGCCUCGCGUCGAAGCCUCUGCCCUUCCCAUCUCACAGGCUGCUGUGACGUGCAGAGGGAUUUGCUCGUUUCCAUCAAUUUCACUGAGUCAAAAUAAAGUUGAAUCAGAGUUUU